AUGAGUGUGAAUAUGAAUGUGAUCAAAGUUAGCCCAGUAGGAGGACGAAGUGGAACUGUUUGGGACGAAAAGGGAAAAAGCGAAAUAGCCAAGAUUUUUGUUUCCGACAAUGGACAAUCAAUUUGUUCACUUCAAUUCGUGUACGUUGAGACUGACCACUUUGUUUCCUCCAACUUACAUGGUACUGCUGAACUAAGCAAAAAUUUCACUACUGUUUCGUUGGAUUAUCCAUCAGAAUUUCUUACUCUGAUAAGCGGUACCUUCUCUGCGGGUUAUUUGAGAACAAUAACAUUUAGCACAAACAAGGGUUCCUAUGGACCCUAUGGCAAGAACCCAUCACAAUACAUGGAUCAGUUCAAUUUUCAAAUGGGAAAUGAUCGUAUGUUUGCUGGAUUUCGCGGCACCAAAUAUGGCAAUAGCAUUGAGAGUAUUGGUAUCUAUGUGAAGACCAUCACAUCCUCCAUGAUAGCACCCAGGUGUUCUCGAAUAACCAAUACCCCUCAAGUAAUGAUUAAAAGGGAAGAAGAUUAA